GCGCAUGCGCAGGGCCCCGCUGUCCCGGUCGGACCGCGCAGAGGGGAGUUCAAGGAGACGGGGGCGCCGCGGCCGUGGGCACCUCCUCGGGGUCGGGCCCGCCGCCACCAUGCCGGGCAUAGUGGAGCUGCCUACUCUGGAUGAACUGAAAGUGCAGGAGGUGAAGGUCAGCUCGGCCGUGCUCAAGGCUGCCGCGCACCACUAUGGCGCCCAGUGCGACAAGGCCAACAAGGAGUUCAUGCUGUGCCGCUGGGAGGAGAAGGACCCGAGGCGCUGCCUGGAGGAGGGCAAGCUGGUCAACAAGUGCGCGCUGGACUUCUUCAGGCAGAUCAAGCUGCACUGCGCGGAGCCCUUCACCGAGUACUGGACCUGCAUCGACUACUCCAACCUGCAGCUGUUCCGCCACUGCCGCAAGCAGCAGGCCAAGUUCGACGCGUGCGUGCUGGACAAGCUGGGCUGGGUGCGGCCCGAGCUGGGCGAGCUGUCCAAGGUCACCAAGGUGAAAACAAACCGGCCCCUGCCCGAGAAUCCCUACCACUCGCGGCCGCGGCCCGAGCCCAACCCCGAGAUCGAGGGCCCCCUGAAGCCCGCUAAGCACGGCAGCCGCCUCUUCUUCUGGAACAUGUGAGGCAGCGCGCGGCCCGCAUCGGUCGCACUCCUCGGUCGCACUGGGUCACGCGCCCGCCGGGGCCACCGGCGUGUCCGCGUGCUCUGAUAGAGCGUGUCUUUCCGGGAUCACAAACGUUCGCGAGGGAAAAAAAAAGUUAAUUUAUGUGACUUGGCAGUUCAUCUAUACCAUUUCCUGGCCAUUAAAAAAUUUUAAAGGAAA